CAUCACGUCAAGUCUGCGAGACGCUACAAAUAGCCUAAACAGUUUCGAUUUUCCGGAGAAACAGGCUGUGUACACUGCUUUGUCAAAUCACAAGAAAUGGGCCCUGUGUCAGCUGCCGCUAUCGGAGCAGGAGUUGGAGCAGUAGCUGCCCUGUUUGCGGCUCCUGCUGCUCUGGGGUUUGCAGGCUUUACUUCAGCUGGAGUAGCGGCGGGUUCCGUGGCUGCUAAAAUGAUGUCUGCUGCUGCCGUGGCUAACGGAGGAGGAGUGGCAGCAGGAAGUGCUGUGGCUGUCUUGCAGUCAGCAGGUGCAGCUGGCCUGUCAGGAGCCGCCACUGCCGCUGUGACCAGCGCUGGAGCAGCAGCAGGAUAUCUGGCCAGUUUUUUCCGCCGAUAAUCGUAAAAUAACUUGAAGAACAAAGGAGGCAAAUGCAACUUGAGAUACUGUAUCUAACCUCUCCCACUCUGCUCACUGUCUAUUUCAGCUUAUGCCCCCUGGGAGGCGCUAUGGGUGUUUUCUGCAAUAAAUCUAUAAAACCUGA